AUGGUAGUAACUACAGCACAGCAACAAUCACUUGACGAUCGAAACCGACAACUAUAUUUGGAAGAACUGAAUCGACCCAGCGAUAUCGAAAUCGAACAUACAACCCAAACACAACCGAUCGAAGUAUUUAUUGUUCGUCCACCAUUACCAUUUGAAAUGGCAGAAAAAGCAUUAGCAUCGCGCGUUAACAAACAAUUGGAUCAAUUACCAACAUUCAGUGGAAACUGA